UUUUAGAAACACAAAAUGAAAGUUAAGUCUGACACACAAACGCAGGGAGGGAGGGAAGGCGGGGACCGCACUCAACGCCUUUAUGGUGACGCCAGCACACAUAACCCAAUCAAACUUCCGUCCACUUCCUUUCUGAUUUCCAUCUGUAUAAAUAACAAGGCCCCUAACCCCUUACCUUCUUCACUGUUUUAUCACAGCCUUCUCGUUUUCUCUAUCAUGGCCGACGAAUUCCAAGAGUCCGACGUCGUCUUCUCCGAUCACUACCACCGCCAUGCCUCCCCUGACGUCGUUGAUGACCACGAUUCUUGCUACUCCGACAAUUACAGACAAGUUACCGUUCAGCCGCCGCAACAGCAGUGGAAUUCGCGGAAUAAAUCGACCAAGAGCCGGAAGAGUUCCAGGAAGAUCGUGGCGAAUUCGCUGCCGGUGAACAUUCCGGAGAGCAUAUUCCGGUGUAUGGAUAGGGAGGAGCAGCUGGAGGAAGAGUGGGAGGACGAAGGUAUGGUGCCGCCGCACGUGAUUGUCGGGCGGAGGAUUGCCGGGAAAAUGGCCUUCUCGGUGUGCACGGGGAACGGCCGGACUCUCAAGGGCCGGGAUUUGAGCCGGGUCCGGAAUUCCAUUCUCAGAAUGACUGGCUUUUUGGAGACCUAAUUAACGCUUUACAAUUACACAUGACUACUCAGCUAGAAUUUUGGUUUGCUCGAUCACAGAUUUGGCAUAAAAAAAAAAAAAAAACAUGAGAUUGUUCAUUGCCUUCAUCCCUGUGCUUGUUGAGAUGUUCUAGAAGUUUCCUUGCUUGUAAGUUGUAACAGAAAAGCAAACAAGUGUUUUUUCUUGUAAGUUACUCAGAAUUCAUAAAUGGAAGUGAAUUUAAUUCCAUUUCUUACACAA